GUCGUGAGUGAUAACAGUGAAUGAACUUGGAAAAAAAGAGGCCAUGGCGACAGGUCUAGCAAUAACAAGCGAAGGAGGGAACUACAAUGGAAGAAUGACCCUUUUUGUGAUCCUAUCUUGUAUGAUGGCUGCCAUGGGAGGUGUUAUCUUCGGCUAUGAUAUUGGAAUUUCAGGUGGAGUCACUUCUAUGGAUUCAUUUCUGAAGAAAUUCUUCCCGGAAGUGCUCACUAAGAUGAAAGAAGACACCAAGAUUAGCAAUUACUGCAUGUUUGAUAGCCAAUUGUUAACUUCCUUCACGUCUUCACUCUACGUGGCCGGCCUCGUAGCGUCCUUCUUCGCCUCCUCAGUCACAAGAGCCUUUGGACGCAUGCCAUCAAUCCUUGUAGGAGGAGCUGCAUUCCUCUCAGGUGCAGCCCUAGGCGGUGCAGCUUUCAAUGUCACCAUGCUUAUACUUGGUCGUGUCUUGCUUGGAGUUGGGGUUGGCUUUGCAAACCAGGCAGUCCCACUAUAUCUCUCUGAAAUGGCUCCAGCAAAAUAUAGAGGAGCAUUCAACAAUGGCUUUCAAUUCAGCGUUGGAAUCGGUGCUUUAUCGGCUAACCUCAUCAACUUUGGUACACAAAAGAUCAAAGGUGGAUGGGGCUGGCGAAUCUCUCUAGGAAUGGCCGCUGUCCCUGCCUCAAUUCUAACUCUAGGUGCAAUUUUCCUUCCUGAAACACCCAAUAGCCUAAUCCAACGCAACAAUGACCACCAAAAGGCCAAACUAAUGCUACAACGUGUCCGAGGUACCAAUGAUGUGCAAGCAGAAUUAGAUGAUCUCAUCAGAGCUAGUUCCAUGUCCAAAACCAUUGAAAACCCAUUUAAGAAAAUUGUACAAAGAAAAUAUAGACCACAACUUGUAAUGGCUAUAGCAAUACCCUUCUUCCAACAAGUGACUGGGAUCAAUGUCAUUGCAUUCUAUGCCCCAAUACUCUUUAGGACAAUAGGUUUAGGUGAAAGUGCAUCACUUUUAUCUGCAGUCAUGACUGGGAUUGUUGGUACUGUCUCAACCUUCAUAUCCAUGCUUGUAGUGGAUAAAUUUGGUCGAAGAGCUUUGUUUACAGUAGGAGGAAUUCAAAUGUUUAUCUCACAAGUUCUUAUUGGUGCAAUAAUGGCAGCUCAACUAGGUGACCAUGGUGGGCUAGACAAAAGGUCUGCAUAUUUGGUUCUGAUUUUGAUAUGUGUGUAUGUUGCUGGGUUUGGAUGGUCAUGGGGUCCAUUGGGAUGGUUGGUUCCAAGUGAGAUAUUUCCCUUGGAGAUUCGGUCAGCUGGGCAAAGUAUUACAGUGGCAGUGAGCUUUCUUUUCACUUUCAUAGUUGCUCAAACUUUUCUUGCUAUGCUAUGCCACUUCAAGGCUGGGAUUUUCUUCUUUUUUGGGGGAUGGGUGGUGGUGAUGACUGUGUUUGUGUACUUGUAUUUGCCGGAGACUAAGAAUAUGCCAAUUGAACAGAUGGACAAAGUUUGGAGGAAGCACUGGUUUUGGAAGAGAAUGGUGGGGGAAGUGAGUGGAGAGAGUAAGAUAGAAGGACCAUGAUGCAUGAUUUGCAAGUCCUCUGUUCUUUCUUCUCCUUCAUGGUCCAAAAAUACAAAAUAGGGUGAUGGUGGGAUUCAAAUCUAAAUGUAUGAUACAACACUAAGACCAUGUUUAGUAAGCUGGAAUAGAAACACAAUCAAUAGAAUUGCUAUUCCUUUGAAAUUAUCAUUCAGUUCAGUUAUUUA